AAUCCCAUGGCUCACUCUCUCUGCCUCUGCCACCAGCCUGCUCAGGCUGCUGGGAACUACAGUGGGACAAGGAGCCUGGAGCCUACACGCACAUCAAAAUGGUCGCUUGGGUUGUCUUAACGAGUCUGAACAGUUUGCGCUUCAGGUUCUGGGGAUCCAAACUCUGGUCCUUAUAUUUGCACAGCAAAUGUUUUAUCCAUCACUUCUUCCUUUCACCUCGCACAAGGGCCAAGAAGAGCUGUGGGAAUGCAGGCAGCUCUGAAGGGAAGGGGCUGUCCAUGAGGCUCCAGUUCCUCCAGGAACAUGCAGCUCCCUUCUCCGCCUUCCUCACCGACAGCUUUGGCCGGCAGCACAGUUACCUACGGAUCUCUCUCACAGAGAAGUGCAACCUCCGAUGUCGGUAUUGCAUGCCUGAGGAGGGUGUGUCCCUGACCCCCAAAGCUGACCUACUGACCACAGAGGAGAUCCUGACCCUUGCCCGCCUCUUCGUGAAGGAAGGUGUGGACAAAAUCCGUCUCACUGGUGGGGAACCUCUCAUCCGACCAGAUGUGGUGGACAUCGUGGCCAGACUUCAUCAGCUAGAAGGGCUGAGAACCAUUGGCGUUACCACCAACGGCAUCAACCUAGCCCGGCUGCUACCCUCACUUCAGCAGGCUGGGCUCAGUGCUGUGAACGUCAGCCUGGACACCCUGGUUCCUGCCAAGUUUGAGUUCAUUGUCCGCAGAAAAGGCUUCCACAAAGUCAUGGAGGGUAUCCACAAAGCCAUCGAGCUGGGUUACAAACCUGUGAAGGUGAACUGUGUGGUGAUGCGAGGCCUGAAUGAAGACGAGCUUCUGGACUUCGUAGCCCUGACAGAGGGCCUUCCCUUGGACGUGCGCUUCAUUGAGUACAUGCCGUUUGACGGCAACAAGUGGAACUUCAAGAAGAUGGUCAGCUACAAGGAGAUGCUGGACGCCAUCCGACAGCGGUGGCCAGGGCUGGAGAAGCUGCCAGAGGAGGACUCUAGCACUGCCAAGGCCUUUAAGAUCCCGGGCUUCCAGGGACAGAUCAGCUUCAUCACGUCCAUGUCAGAGCAUUUCUGCGGGACCUGCAACCGGCUUCGCAUCACAGCUGAUGGGAACCUCAAGGUCUGCCUCUUCGGGAACUCUGAGGUGUCACUGCGGGACCACCUGCGGGCAGGGGCCUCUGAGGAGGAGCUGCUGAGAAUCAUUGGGGUCGCAGUGGGUAGGAAGAAGAGGCAGCACGCAGGCAUGUUCAAUAUUGCCCAGAUGAAGAACCGGCCCAUGAUCCUCAUCGGGGUACUUUUGAUGCUUCAAGAUUCCCCACCAGCUAGUUGGAGCACUCUCUCCUGGGAUCCCCUCCACGUUCGGAAUCCAGGUGCCAAACAGUGUCUUUCCGACCAGAUGGCAACUUUGUGGAAGAGACACUCUGUCCCUAUGGCCCUUCCUCUGUCUCAGCAGUGCCUGGGGUCUGGAUCCCCCCAAAGACACUACAGCUCCUACCCAGACCCUGACACUCACCCAAAGUGCCUUAGCACAGGGUCCCGGGCCCCUGAUGUCCCCUCAGGCCCAGGGCCGACCUCAGAUCAGCUAACUCAUGUGGAUUCAGCAGGGCGAGCUACUAUGGUAGAUGUGGGUGGGAAGCCAGAGACAGAGCGGGUGGCUGUGGCCUCUGCCAUGGUUCUCCUUGGACCCAAAGCCUUCAAGCUCGUCCAGCAGAACCAACUGAAGAAGGGAGAUGCUCUGGUGGUGGCCCAGCUGGCUGGGGUCCAGGCAGCCAAGCUAACGAGUCAGCUGAUCCCUCUCUGCCACCACGUGGCCCUGAGCCAUGUGCAGGUACACUUGGAGCUAGACAGCACUCGCCAUGCUGUGCUGAUCCAGGUAUCCUGCCGGGCCCGGGGCCCCACUGGGGUAGAGAUGGAGGCGCUGACCUCGGCGGCCAUGGCCGCCCUUACCGUGUAUGACAUGUGCAAGGCGGUCAGCAGGGACAUUGUGGUGACAGAGGUAAAGCUCAUCAGUAAGACUGGAGGGCAGCGGGGGGACUUCCAUCGGACCUAGAGUGCCACACUCUCUGGUCAUGUCUCCCGUUGGGCCGAGUAAAAGAUGUCCUCCAGAUCUAGAGAUUAGACCGAGGGUCACCCUGUCUCUUUACCACUAACCUGUGAGGUGUCGUCAGCAGAAGACACCUGAGGCCUUGACCCCUUCCAGGACUCUGGCAGUGGGAGUUUUGAUACUGGAUACCCUGCCCCCCACCCAACACCACAUGUCACAGCACUCGGGCUGUUUCAGACAGGCAGCUCUAGGCAGCCCUUCUCAUGCGGGAUCCUCUCUUCUCUUCGCUGGUGAGAGAACAAGGGCUCAUUAAGUAGAGGAACCCGCUUUGAGGAAGGAAAAGCACACGCUCCCUAGAGAAUGUAUCACAGACCGCCUCCCCCGCCUCAGGCCCUCUCCUCCAACAAGAUGCACACGUAUGGACUGCAGCCCUAAGGACCUGUGCCAACUUCUACCCACACCUGGUUCCGCUCGCUGUGGUCUGCCCAUACCUCUCUACUCUGGCACGUAUCAGGGAAAGAGGAGUUGAAGGUGACCUUUGCCCUCACAACGCACAAAUAAAACCACGACGCCAGCUUUGUA